UACGCAUUCAAGUACAUCAGGUGAUAACUUAUUGCAACCCCUAACUUAAUAACGCAUUCAAGUAAAUUCAUUGAUAAACAAUAGAUACCCCAUAAUUUAAAGAAAACAAAAAACACACAUGAUAAAAUUACAAAAAAACACCUGUCCCACCUGCCUUUUGGAUGGGUAGUAACCACAGUGACCCAUAUGCCACAAAUAUGACCAUAACAAAAAAAAAUCAACAGAACUAUAAUGAAAAAUAUUAAAAAAAAUAAAUCAGUUAUAAAAUUAUGACUACGUGUGAUUGAAGGCUUGUCACUAAUCGAACACAAAAAGGUCCAAGAAAUUCAAAGAACAAAUAAUUCAGAGAUUUUAUUUUACAGCAAAGGCAUUUUUAUUGAGUUUAAAAAUUAAUUGCCAUAGUUGUGAUAAAAUGAAGCACCAGCAGGUGGUAGUGGACUACUGGACGAUGUUGAAAACAUCAUGCACCUGUUUGUUGUUGGCCAUUUCGGGUUAUGUGCUCAUAAAAAUGGUGCAGACUAUAUUUUAUCUGCCGGGCUAUUUAAAAAAUAAUCAAAAACGUCUGGAAGAGUUGGCGGCCAAAUAUAAUUUGGAUUUAGAAAAAGAAAUAGCUGAUGCAGAAAUUGACAAAGAUGAGGAACAGGAAAAUAAAGACGAAAAUCAAGAGGCAAAAGAAAAUUUACUUAAAAAUGCUGAUAAUGUUGAGGAACAAGAUUUAGUUAAGGAACCUAAAAAACUUAAAUAGUUUAUGCCCUACAAACGGCAAUCAUUUUCUCUUUUUUUAACCUCUUUUAUGACAAAUUUUAUUAUAACAAUUACUACAUACAAUAAUAAAACUAAUAAAUGUUUAAAUAUUACUUAC